CUGAACGUGAGCCGGCAACGGAUGUAUUCUUCCAGCUAGGAAAGUUGUUGCUCCAACGAAUUAAUAAACGAAUUAACUACUACGACUAAUACUAGACUAAGGUGAAAAUGCGUUUCAAACUCUUUUUGGUUUGUGCGCUGGCCUGUGGCUUUAUGGCCUAUGUGCUGGCCAAUGAAAAUUUCUCCACCGAGGAGGAAGAUCAAAUUAUAAAUAGUAAGGCUGAAAUUCUGGAAGUGCCGCCAGAGAUAAUUAAACAAAAAGAACCAGUCGAAACGAAACCGAAAGUAAAACCAACACCAAAAGCGACUACAACUUCAACAGUGAAACCAGCAAAACCAACAGCUCCAGCAGCAGCAGCAGCCGCACCCGCCACCGGAGGAGCAGUGAUUCCGGGACAGCGUUUAGUUCCCGUCGUCCAUGCCUCAAGCCGGGACACCGAUAGUAUUCUCUCUGUGUCAGGCUUGAAGCCUCAGGCCAUGUCUGGAGCUUUGGUUAUGCCAUAUGAUUAUUUGGGCGAGCUAUACGAUGUGGAUUCCAGUGGUUACAAUUGGGAUCCCAACAACAAUGUGGCCCCAUCUGGAACAGCCUCCACAGCUGCUGGUGGCUACACAAUCACCACUGCCCGUCUGGCUGAGCUGAGAAGCACUUUCCUGUACUGGUUCUUCGAUAAGGACCAGUACGGCGGUCGUGGCGAUUAUCAAUUUGAUAUUCAUGCCUCCAUGACUCAAUUGCAUAAGAAUUUAAACUUUCAGCUACCCUUCUAUGGUUUCCGUUUCAAUUACACACGUCUAUCACUUAAUGGCUACUUGGAGUUCUCAGAUCCACCAGAGUAUCUUACCUAUCCAUUGGUAUUCCCCAUUAAAGAUUGGCCAGCCAAACGGGAUCCCUCAUUCAUGGGCAUAUUCUUCAGCAAAUGCCGUGUUGGUCGCAUUUAUCCCUCGGACAUUGAUCAACGUACGCCUGGAGUGUAUUUCCGCGUGGAACGCGAUCUGAUGGGACGCACAGACCGUUUCGGUGUUGAGGUACGUGAGCGCACCAUGUGGGAUAUACGAACGGGUGUGGUUGGUGCCGACACUUUUGUGCCCAAGCAUGUGGUGAUCGCCACAUGGAAGAAUGUCUCCUUUGCUGGUGGCAUUGAUAAUUCCCUAUUUACGACCAAUACCUUCCAAAUGGUUCUGGCCACUGAUGAGGUCUACACAUAUGUUAUUUGGAAUUAUGCUGUCCUCAAUUGGCUAUCUCACACAGAGGCUGGUGGUGAUACAACCAAGGGCGAGGGUGGCACUCCAGCAUAUGUCGGUUUCAAUGCCGGCAAUGGCACACAAGCGUAUGAGUAUAAGCCCUAUAGCCAGAAUAUGGUCAUUCGAGAUUUGGCUAAUCGUGGUUGGGGCAAUGGUUUUCCUGGUCGUCACAUUUUCCGCAUCGAUGAGCAAAUUUUAAUUGGUUCCUGCAACAAGGAUAUUGAUGCUGCUCUGUUGCCACUGACCUUUGCUCCCGAAUCGGGUAAUAUGUUGGGUGGUCAAGUGGUUAAUAUAACUGGCCCCUGUUUUGAUCCCGAUAUCCGUGUUACUUGUCAUUUCGAUACGGAAUCCGUGCUGGGCACCUAUGUGGAUCGUAAUCGUGUGAUUUGUGUUCAACCCUUCCUCAAGGCUGAGGGUUAUAUACGUUUCCAGAUAUCGGUGGGUGUGCAGCGCUUCAAAUGGCGUGGCAAGUACUUUGUGGAAACCCCGGCUGCUGCCACAGAGAAAAUCUUCUUUGCCACCGAUGAUGUACAUAAGAAGAAUCCCAAUGAGAUUCGCAUCACCUGGAGUGCUUUCAAUUUGACCUCGAAUUCGGCUGCCAAUGUGAUGAUCUCUCUGUGGGGUUAUCGUGAAACGAAAAUUGAACCCCAACUGGAAUAUAUCGAUGUGAUUGAGGCCAGUUACUCAAAUACAGGCAGCUAUGUGAUCAGCCCCUCUAACUAUAUUAAUCGCAACAACAUCAAUUCGGACAUGCAGUUUGGCUUCCUGCAAAUCAAUCUCACCCAACCGGAACAAUAUUCCGGCUUGGCACUCAGUCCCAUCUUGUGGUCACGCCCCAUUCCAUUGGGUUGGUACAUGGGACCGCAAUGGGAGCGAAAACAUGGCAUACGUUGGCCCAGAGCUUUGUGCGAUAAUUGGAUACGCAACGACCGAUUCCUGAGAAACUUUGCUGCUGACUUGCCGUUAUGUCCUUGUACCUUGGACCAGGCGGUGUUGGACAAGGGUCGUUUCCGACCGGAUCGUGAAUGUGAUAAGGAUUCGAAUCCCAGCUGUUUGCGUCAACGUGGCGCCAUUCAUUGUGUGGUCAGCGGUACCCCAGUGGCCCAAGGAGCUGAACAGCAAUGUUGUUAUGAUCGCUAUGGCUAUUUGAUGCUGACCUAUGAUCAAAUGUGGGGCUCACGUCCUCGUCGUAUUCACAACUUGGGUAAAAUGCCAUGGAACGAAGCCAGCAAAGUGCCCUCAUUGUCCAUGUGGUUCCAUGACAUGCGUCCCUUCUAUACAUGUUGCUCCUGGCAAGAGGAACAGGCCGUAGGCUGUGAGACAUAUCGCUUUGAGCGUCGACCCACACAGGAUUGUGUGGCCUAUCAGGCUCCUGGUAUUGCCGGUGUUUUUGGUGAUCCGCAUUUUGUUACCUUUGAUGGAACUGCCUACACCUUCAAUGGUCUGGGUGAAUUCGUGCUGGCCAGAAGUACGGAUGAGAGUGAACGCUUUGAGGUUCAGGGCCGUUUCGAACAAUUGCCUGAUAAUUAUUAUGGCGAGGUUAAGGCGACCCAGUUAACAGCGGUGGCCAUGCGAGGUAAUACCACCACAACGAUUGAGGUUCGUCUCCGCCCUCUGCAUGCUCGUUGGCGUUAUCGUCUGGACGUUUUGGCCGAUGGUCGUAAGGUCUAUUUUGAUCGCGAAAGCUUAAAGUUCCAGCAUUUUGAUGGAGUGACUGUCUAUACACCAACUUACCUGCUCAAUCAGUCUCAGGUGGUGGUGCAGUUCGAUGCGGGAGUUGGUGUUGAGAUAGUGGAAAAUGAAGGCUUCAUGACAGGUCGCGUAUUCCUGCCAUGGAAGUUUAUUAAUAAAACCGCUGGACUCUUUGGUAAUUGGAGUUUCAAUCCGCUGGACGAUUUUAUGCUGCCAAAUGGCCAGGUGGCAUCUCUAAAUCUCAAUGACUUGCGUAGUAUACACACGAACUUUGGUCUCAAAUGGAUGCUCACGGAUCGUGAUGUUCCUGGAGUCGGUGCAGCAUUAUUUACACGUGAAUUCGGACGCAUGGCCAGUUAUUAUGCCAAUGCCACCUUUGCACCCAAUUAUGUGUUGGAUCCGGCUGACUUCCUGCCAGCUAAUCGUACCUACGAUCUGGAGAGAGCUGAGGAACUGUGCGGCGAGUGUUAUCAGUGUCAAUAUGAUUAUGCGAUGACACUGAAUCGAGAUUUGGCUCACUUUACCAAGAAUUACUAUGACACAUUGGUUAAUAUGCAGGCAGAAAAUAGACAACGUGUGAUAUCCUGCGGUGUAUUGCAAACCCCACGUUUUGGACGUAAGCUCAGUUUCGAUUUCAUGCCCGGAGCCAAGGUGUCCUUCGAAUGCAAUGAGGGCUUCAUUUUGAUCGGAGAUCAGCGUCGUGAGUGCUUGGCCAGUGGCUUAUGGAAUAUACCAGAAUAUGGUUACACCGAGUGUCUACGUGAAGUGUAUUAUACGCGUCGGGUUGCUUUCAUUGCAAUUGGCAUUAUCAUUCUCGUCAUUUGCCCCCUGAUGCUGUGCAUUGUGUGCGGUGUGUAUCGCUAUCGCCAGAAGCAACUGAAGGAGGAUCCCACAUGGCAGAUGCCCAUGCUGCCCCGUUCCAGGGCCAGUUCGGCACGCAACCUACGUACUUUGAACUAUGACGAUGAUAGCGAUACUGAUGCCAGCACACUGAAAAAAAGUAGGUCCUACGAUAAAGUAUAUCGCACGAACGAACCAUUACCGGGCAAACCGCAAAUUGAUUUUCCAGCUAAGAAAUGGGAUCUGGAUGAGAACGACGAGGAUGUGACAUCAUCGGAAGGUGAGAAACCGAAGCAGUCUGGCCGACGUUCCCUACGCUCCACAUCGGGCACUGAUCUGGACCAACACGACGCCCAUGGCACCCCGGUGGAUGGACAUGACGAGGACGAUGAUGAUUUCGAUGAGGCUGAUGUACAUACGGGCACAAUUCAUCCAGCUGGCUACCAUCAGCCCAUGUCCCCAGAGGAGGCCGACCAUUUGCAUCAGCAGCAAUACAGUCCCACAUUCAGUGGUUUGGAUAGCCGUACCAGUGCCGCCAGCUCCAUCAAUUAUACACCCCAAUCGGCGGCCCAGAAUCGUUUUGGCGGUGUUCCAGUGUUGCCUAGCAAUACCCAAUAUUACAGCAGACCGCCAUCGAGUAUCCCGGCCACAGCCACAGCCAUUGGGACUAGUCCGACAGCUAAUGCCAAUGCUGUGCCUCUGAGGUCUGCUCCCACCCUGCCGGCCACACAGCCACUGACACAGGACAGUGGACUGCCAUCGCCGCCACAAGCCACAUCACCCACCCCAUCUGUGCAAAAAUCCACAGAAGUUUAAGCCAUAAAUCUAAUCAAUAACUAAAACUCAUACACCAUUUUUAUAUGAAUUCCAUUCGCCAAAGUUCAAAUUUUUGUUUAAUUAAUUCCACUCGCACACACACACACGUACACACUCACAAAAAGACAUACACAAAACAAAAACAAAAAUGAAUGUUAAUUUUAAGGAUAUUUGUUUAACUUUCCUAAUUACACCCCAUCCUUCCACCAGUCAUAAAUUCCUUCUAAUAAUAACAAUUAUAUAUUUGCAUCUUGUA